AUAUUCGAGUAUUGGAUCACAGGCAAUGUAACAUAAUAUGGAGACAAGUACAACCAGUUGUGGGUGAACUUACUGUUGCUGAUAUACAUUUAGUAUGUGAUAAUGGAAGACCUUACCGUUGCUCGAGCACAGACGUCUUUAGAGCUCAUGUUGUUGAUACUACAACCAACCAAGAAGUUAAUUGUGUUAUUGAACCAAGUGGAUCACUGGUUGGAUGCUCACAAGUGACUGUCUCAUUUACUGCCAGAGUUUCAGGAGAAUAUUUGGCAAAAUUUAUGAUGAAUGAACAAAUAUUGGGUAGAGAACGGAGAAUUGUUUAUCCUGAUAUUUUAGAUCACAGACAAUGUAAAGUAAUAUGGAGAGAGUUACAAUCAGUUGUGGGUAAACUUAAUGUUGUCGAUAUAGAAUUAGUAUGUGAUAAUGGGAGACCUUACACUAUUAAAGGCACAGAUAACUUCAGAGCUUAUGUUGUGAAUGCCCAAAAGCACCAACCUGUCAAUUGUGUUAUUGGACAAGGCCCUCCUGAUGAAAAUAAAACUGUUUUUGAAUUAAAAACAGCAAAUCUUAUUAUGAAGUGUGAAACCUUCUUUCCAAUUAUCAUGACCCCUAAGGACUCAUAUGGGAAUAAUGCUGCCCUCCAUGAAGCUGAGAUAGUGUUUGAAUCAAGAACAAAUAAAGAUAGUAAUGAUGCUCCUUUAGUUAAUGUGUGCUAUUAUGAUGUUCACAAAUUGGAUGAUGAAAAGAAAUAUGAGAUCCUAGUUAAUUUUGCAAGUCCUGGCUAUUAUCACUGCAGUGUUAAGUAUAUGGACAAGAUACUAAAAACUAUUAAUGCUAUUGUUUUAACAGAUAGAGAUACUGAGAGGAUGGAGAAAAAUUGUAAAGCACUGUCAUUUGACACAGGUUAUAAUUGUAAAUUGAUGAAAGGCAAAAAACUCAAAGACACACGGUGCUUUAUAUCACCCACAAAUCUUCAAAUUCGUCGUUUUAAAUUGAAAAUAUUUAAAAAGUAUACUUUUAAAAUCUGUCGUAGUACACAGAGAUUUUUACUAUUGAUGAUGGUGUUUCACUAUUAA